AGCGGGUCGGGCUGUCCAGGGUCGGGCUGUCCGGUGGUCGGGCUGUCCCGGAACCGGCCUAGUUGGCUUACCAUAACUCCUUACAUGUUACGGCAAUCAUGGCGUCGCUGUGCAGAUUUCGUGUUCUCUCAAGUAUUCAGAAUUUUGCCAGAAUUCAGCAUAUCAGAAGUAUUGCAACCCGAAGUUCAUCAUUUGCUGCUUUGCAACAGGGUUUUGGGAAUUCAAGAUGCAAUCAGAAUAAUCUUAAACAGAGAAUUACAGAGCUGAACAGGCCAGUACGUCAUUAUGGAUCAGCUGCCGAGAUGACCAUAUCCAGUAUCCAGGAAAGAUGUACGCUAGUCCUUAAACUAUUUGAUAAGGUGGACCCAGAUAAGGUGACACUUGAUGCCAAAUUUGCAGAAGAUCUUGGAUUGGAUAGUUUAGAUGCAGUGGAGAUUAUCAUGGCAAUGGAGGAUGAGUUUGGAGUUGAGAUCCCAGAUGAGACUGCAGAGAAGCUCUUGAAUCUGAAGGAUGUUGUCGAGUGUCUAGCUGAUAGACUGGAUGUAGCUCACUAACAUUCAAUAUCAUUGUUUUGUAUUAUACAGAUUUAUUGUAUCAUUGGCCAUGACCAAGUAAAUGCAGUGAAGGCUCGAGGAUGCCCCCCUUCACUUCGAUCACACAGGGCUGUAGACUGGACUAGUAUUCCCAUCAUGCAAUGGAUGCAUCGUCAGGAUAUCUUCAUGUCCAGUCCACGUGAAUUGCUAAUCUGCUCUGGCAUUCAUGAAUUUUAUUUGUAUUAAAAUGUCAAAAGUCACAUGUAUAUCAUUCUGAUAGAUCUCUACAAUAAUCUACAUACUGAUGAGCUCCUUGAUUUUCUAGCUUUAUUGAAAUGCUAUUCCCACUUUGAGGUUUUGUUUCUCCUUUAAAAUUUUAUAUCGCGUCACCUCAAACAUCUACCUGAAAAGCUGAGAAAUGUGAUUUGUGUAUUAUGUAUAGAAUUAAAAAACCCAGAAUAAUUGUGCUAUGAAAGUGCAUCCACCCAAUACAAGAAUGACUCCUUUGGGUUUUUGUAUUGGUUGAUAAAUCCUAUGUAUUAUCUUCCCACCAUCAGGCGUUCCCAUGUAAUAACACUGAAAAUAAUUAUCUGGAAUGUAGAUACGAGCUGUUCAAGUAAGGGUUGGAGAUUCCGUUAAAGAAUCUGGUUCAAUCCAGAAUGAAUAGGUUGGGUCUGGUUCUUAAUCUGGCUUGGUCUGGCUGGUGUUGGAUAAAGCCAGUUACCCUUGCACUUCUCGAACACCUACACGUGUGAAUAAAUGGUUGUAAUUUGAUUUGAUCAGAGUAUUUGGUAGCAAUUAAAACGUUUUGACGACACCAGUGAA